CACUCCUCAUUUUAUCCUGGACCGGAAUGACUAAUGCCCUCGUUCGAGAAGACAGACAAUGCCCAAAUUGCGAAUGCAAGUGCUCUCAGCCAGCCCAUCUAUUUUCUUCACCUCAUCUCAUUUUCAAAAGUGCAAUCUCAUUCAACCCAUCGCUGUCUCCGCGCACCUUUUCCACAACAUGGCGUCCGCACUCACACUCCAGUCCAAGCAGAAGCUGAACAACGGCCUCGAGAUUCCCGUGCUUGGCUAUGGCCUUUGGAAGACGUAAGUACAAUUGCCAACACAUCAAACCAAUUGCCAUUGCCAACACCGAUUGCUAGUGCGCCCGAGCAAGCUGAAGAGGUCACUACUGAAGCUCUCAGAGUCGGCUACCGCCAUGUCGACUCGGCGGCUUCAUACAAGAACGAGGCCGGUGCCGGAGCUGCCAUCCGUGGUGUUAAGGAUAUCCCCCGCUCCGACGUCUUCUUCACCUCCAAGGUUCGCUACAUCAACUACGACGAUGCCGAGGAUCAGGUAAGGGAGACUCUAGAAAAGACCGGCCUCGACUACAUUGAUCUGAUGCUGCUUCACUGCCCCUAUGGCGGCUCGGAGGGCCGCAAGGGCGCCUGGAAGGCCCUCGUCGAGGCCCAAGAGGCUGGUCUGGUCAAGUCCAUUGGCGUCAGCAACUACGGCGUGCACCACCUCGACGAGCUCGAAACGCAUAUCAAGGAGCUCGAGGAGGAGCGCGGCGGCAAAGGCAAGGGCGGCGCCAUCAACGUCGCACAGUACGAAAUCCAUCCCUGGUGCGCGCGCAACGACAUCGUUCAGUGGCUCCAGAAGCGCAACGUCGCUAUCGAGGCUUAUAGCCCUCUGGUCAGAGGUGAGAGAUGGGGCGACAAGACUCUCAAGGCCUUGGCCGAGAAGUAUGGCAAGUCUGAGGCUCAGAUCCUGCUGCGCUGGAGCUUGCAGAAGGGUUACAUCCCUCUCCCCAAGAGUGUGACGCCCACUCGUAUCCUGGAUAACACCAAGAUUUACGAUUUCCAACUGACGGACGAGGACGUCAAAAACUUGGAGACAGACGAGUACGCUCCGGUCUGCUGGGACCCAACUGUUAGCCCCUUGGACGGACCAAAGAGCGGUUGACAGCAUCCAGGGUCACUGGCGAUGCAGCCUAGCUUGAGCCCUUUCCAUUUUAGCGACACAUGUGUUCACUAUCAUACUCAGAAAAAUAGACACCGCAAAGUACCAUGCA